CGUUUCGUAAGUUUACAAAAUAGUCUGAAUAAGUUGAACAGUUUGAUGUUUGGAAGUCACUAUUCGAUUAUUAAUAUGAUAUAAUUGGCAAAAAUAAGAAAAACAGGCUUAUUGUGGAAUGUCAAUGAAAAUGUGGAAUGUUGACAAUAAUGGCUGAUUGAGAUUGACGUUUCACUGACGAUGUGAUCGCAAGAUCUUAUCCAGGAAUUGGUGAAAAGCACAAGUUAGAAGUAUUUGAUGUAGCUGCAAGUUUAGAUAAGGACUGAAUGCAGUCGAUCGUAUUCCUGCUUUCCCUGAUGCACUCGCGCCAAUCACUUGGAACACGUGGUUUACCACCUACAGAAAUUCUAACGAAUGACUUGGCAUUUUGCUCAAACCAUUUCCUUUCAAAUAGAGUAAAAAACGUGGUUACAUGUAUAUAGUUAGCAAACAAGAAGUGCACAAGACAACGAAAAGGAUACCAUUACACAAACAACCGACAUAAAAAGUAAACAAAAGGGAGAAAAUAAAACCAAAGCUAAUUUUGUGGCAGCAUGCAGGAGGAAAUUAACUUAGAGCUGAAGCCUGAAGAAACCUGUUUGAAUGACAUAGAGGGUGAGGAAUCAAAAGAGAAUGACGGUGGCGAAACAGCCAUAUUGUUUAAAGUAAAGGACAAUCCACCAUGGUUCCAGUGCCUCGUGUUUGGCUUACAGCAUUUCCUAGUAAUGUUCACCGCCACACUGACCAUACCAUUCACACUGGCCCCUGCCCUCUGUGUUGGAGAUGACAAUAAUGUAAAAGCCGAACUUAUCAGUACAAUUGUGUUUGUUUCCGGAAUCAUAACUCUCGCACAAGUAGCAUUGGGUGUAAGGCUGCCUGUAGUGCAAGCAGGUACCUUUGCCUUGAUGGUACCCUCCCUGGCAAUUCUCUCACUACCACAGUGGAGGUGUCCAACAGUAGUUUCCCCAGAGACAGCUGCAAACCUUACAGACACUAGCGAUGUAGUGACAAGGGGAACACCCGCUUAUACUGAGAUGUGGCAGUCUCGACUAAGAGAGAUUCAAGGGGCUAUCAUGGUGGCUUCGAUUUUUGAGAUCCUACUAGGAUUCACAGGGUUAGUUGGGUUACUGCUGCGUUUCUUUGGGCCGCUUGUUAUUGCACCAACUGUCACUGUUCUUGGGUUGUCACUUUUCAACGCUGCAUCAAGCCUUGCCUCUAAACAGUGGUGGAUAGCAUUACUGACAGCUGUGCUGAUUGUAAUAUUUGCUCAAUACAUGAAGAACAUCAUGUUCCCCUGCCCUUCAUUCAAGAGGAAGAAAGGAUGUUACGUAGCGUGGUACCCAGUCUUUCAGGCAUUUCCAGUGCUCCUCGCUAUGGUGAUAACUUGGUUACUAUGUGGCAUUCUCACUGUAACCAAUGUGCUCCCUAAGACAUCUGGUCACUGGGGGUUCGAGGCAAGGACUGACACAAAACUUGCCGUUCUUGAAAAUGCAGACUGGAUCAGAUUUCCGUAUCCAGGACAGUGGGGCCGACCUACAGUGAGUAUCUCCAGUGUGAUUGGUAUCAUAGCAGGUUUGCUAGCCUCAGCUGUGGAGUCUGUGGGUGACUACUACGCAUGUGCUAGAAUGUCUGGGGCACCCCCACCUCCCUCACAUGCCGUCAACAGAGGUAUAGGAAUUGAGGGGCUAGGGUGUUUGAUAGCAGGGGCAUUUGGCACUGGCAAUGGGACAACAUCAACUACAGUCAAUAUAGGUGCAAUAGGGGUAACAAAGUGUGGAAGUCGACGUGUGAUCUACUAUGCUGCUGGGUAUAUGUUGGUACUUGGUUUGCUAGGAAAGUUUGGGGCAUUAUUUGUCGCCAUACCUGACCCUGUUAUUGGUGGAAUCUUCCUCGUACUCUUUGGAAUGAUAACUGCUGUAGGAGUCUCAAGUCUCCAGUACGUCAAUCUGAACUCUUCUAGGAACCUUUGUGUUAUAGGAUUGGCUUUCUUCAUUGGUCUUACAGUCCCACAGUGGGUCAAAGCACACCCUUCAUCAAUAAAUACAGGAGUUCAGACUGUAGACAAUGUGUUCUACGUACUUCUGAGCACCAAUAACUUCUUAGCUGGACUAGUGGGGUUCAUCUUAGAUAACACAUUACCAGGUUCUGAUAAAGAAAGAGGUAUUGAGAUGUGGACAUCUAAACUAUCCUCAACAUCUCCACAAUCAAAAGAAACAGCUGAAAUCUAUGACAUACCAUUCAUUUCUAACUGGUUAGCCAAAAAACGACUUUGUUAUUACCUACCUUUUUGCCCAGUCUUUCGGAGAACCUUGUCACUCAUUAGUGAUUCGGAGACUCAGUCCACAUCAAGCAUUCAGGAAUUUGAAGAACUGACUGAGAAGCUUCAAAAUGGAAUUGCAAUCUCAAAUGAUACAAAACAAAAUGAUGUGACAUUUGUUCAACUCAAAUGAGUAUACAUGAUCUGAAAGAGGAAUUUUUAUUAUGUCAUCUUAUUGUGUUUGUGUCAACACAAUAAGAGGAGGCUGCAUACUUUCCAUUGUAAAGGGGGACCAUUGCAUCAACUGAACAAGAUGAAUCAUUAUGUGAGCAUAAAAAUGCAUUUAGAAGUAAUGUUUUCUGUUUUAAACGUUUCCAUUAUCCUGAUACUUUAGAUAAGAUGAUCUAAGGUUGAGCAAUUUUGUGAGGAAAAUUUUCAAAACACAAUACGUAUGCAGAUUCAACCCUCAAUUGUUUUUUGUAUUUACACCCUUUAAAGGGUUUGGACCCCAGCACAUAUUUUGCAUUAAACCUGCAAUCAGAGAAGCUUUUUUCAUUCUAAUUUCAGUUCCGAAUAGGUCAUUCAAUAACCUUUCAUUCAUAAUAUAUAUAUGCACUAUUUAUAUCAGAUGCAAGAAAAUAUGAAUAAACCUAAUAACACGGGGACAGAUUUUUUUAGCAUUUUGUAUUUAUAUAUAAC